CCAGAGAGAGAGAGAGAGAGAGAGAGAGAGAGAGAGAGAGAUUCCUUUCUGGGUUCUGCUCAGCUUUGGAUUUGAGAUCGAGAAAGUAAAAAUCUUUCUGGGUUUUUCUUAUAGAGUAGUAAUUUUGAGAUAGAGAGAGAGAGAGCAUAGCAACCAUGUCGGACCCUGGUUUCAACCAUCUCGAAGACUCGAGCGCCAUCUCCAUCAGCGGCAAGAUCAUGUUUGCAGCUGUCAUCCUUCUCUUUAUGACCGUUUGCUUCGUCCUCUUCCUCCAUCUCUACGCCAAAUGGUUCUGGGAUCGUGAAGCCAUGGCCCGAUCCCGGAGUCAGCGCCGCCAAUUAGCCUUCGCCCCUGCCCGCGACUCUGUCCUAGCCCCACGCCGUGGUCUCGAGCCGUCCUUGGUCCAAUCUCUCCCUGUCGUGAUCUUCAAUCCCAGUGAAUUUAAGGACGGCCUUGAAUGUGCCGUCUGCCUCUGUGAAGUGUCCAAUGGUGAGAAGGCCCGCUUUCUCCCGAAAUGCAACCACGGAUUCCAUCUGGAUUGCAUCGACAUGUGGUUCCAGUCGCAUUCAACGUGCCCACUGUGUAGGAACCCGGUGGCACCAGAGUUCUCAGGCCUCAAUUCCGGCGAGCCGGAAAUUCAGAUUCCUGAGGUGAAUUUGGCAGAUGGGCACACAACAGAAUCGCCAAAUUACCCAACAAAUGUCUUGUUUUGGGGUGAUCAAAAUCAAGUCAGUACCGGCCGUUCAUCAGGUUUGGAAGAAGGAACUUCAUCUUCAUCAAUGGCUAGAUCAGAAGGAAAUGGAGCUUUAGUGAUAGACAUACCUAGACAGACGAUGGAGAGCCUUUCAUUGUCACCAUCAUCACCGUCGGUUCAGUUUCAAGAGGAGGAACCAAAGCAGACCCGCUUAAGGUCACUGAAGAGGCUUUUGAGUAGGGAGAAAAGAGUUGUUCCUUGUAGUCCCAAUUCAGGCGAUAUUGAGCAGGGAGUAGUAGUAGGAGGAAGCAUUCAGAGUAUGAAAACGCCAUCAGAUUCUUGAACAAAAUUACAGAAUCUGAAGCUGAUACUAGACGAGUCAGUAUGAAGAUAUCACUGUUCGUAGUCGAGGUCGGUUUUAGCAAAUGGUUAUUUUAUCCGACAUAUAUAUUUUGAUGGAUCAGUCGGUUCAAAGAUGGAGGACUAGAGUUCAGGUACAUGGGUUUCUUCCGAGAUGUAUUGGUAUCUGCCGAUCACUGGAAGUGAAUUUGUGCUCUCUCUUUCUCCCCCUUAAAUUGGGAAUAUCAUUUUUCUUUUAUUUUCUUGUUUGUACCAAUGUUCUUUGAUUCAUUUACCUCAAUGAAGACAGCAAUUGCAUCUGUUA